AAUUUUCCUUCUCCCACUUCGCUAACCCCAAAACGCUCCGCCACUCGCAGCCAGCCACAGCAGGAAAUCUAGCGGACCACUAUCAGGUAUCCCAAUUUACCACAAAUACCCCGCACGCCCGACCCAAUCGCUAUUUCUAUUUCGCCAUUCAAGUAAAACUUCAGUCCCCUUUCGUCAACCGGAAAAGACCACCUGCCAUUUUCUCCCUCAGCCCUCCACCGCGCUGUCCCUGGGGAGCCGAAGGCGGAAAAAGUAGAGAGAGAGGGGACAUAGAGAGAUAAAAUGGCGGGGAACGGUGGCAGAGCGGAGGCCGAGCGGUGGCUGAGCAUCGCGGAGAAGCUCCUCGCGGCCCGCGAUCUCCAUGGGAGCAAGACCUUCGCGGUCCGGGCGCGCGAGUCCGACCCUAGGUUGGACGGAUCAGACCGGAUCCUCGCCGUCGUCGACACGCUUCUCGCCGGCGCCGCUCGGAUCAACAACCAGCACGACUGGUAUGCCGUCCUCCAGCUCGCUAGUCUGACUCAGGAUCCUGCUCAUGUCACAACUCAGUAUGCGCGACUAGCCUCGCUUCUUAGCCCCACCGGCAACACUCUGCCCUUCGCCGACCAAGCUUUCAAGCUAGUGUCCGACGCAUACUCGGUCCUUUCGAACCCGUCCAAGAAAUCGUUGUACGACCACGAGCUCAGCCUCUUCUCUGAGUCUAUGCACGACUCGCAACCAAAGCAAGCUCACAAUAAACAGCCGCAGACGCCCGUCAGAAGGAGCCCGAGAUGCAGGAAUAAUAUUCCUGAGGACGAGCCGGUACCAACUUCGGCUGAGCCAACUCAGACAAAUGUACCUAGUUUCUGGACUGCGUGUCCGUACUGUUACAAUCUCUAUGAGUAUCCUAAGGUUUACGAAGAGUGCACGCUAAGGUGCCAGAACUGCCGGAGGGCGUUUCAUGCAGUAAUGGUACCACCACCGCCGGGGAUUGGGGCAGGGAGGGAUUCGUAUUUCUGUUGUUGGGCUUUUUUCCCGCUAGGGUUUUCAGUGCCCAGUUCACAGAGCAGUAAGAAUACAAAUGGGUCGUCGAAUUGGGUUCCAUUUUCGCCGAUGUUUGCUUGUCCUUUCCCCGGCGAUGACAGGUCGAAUGCGGUGCGUGGUGAGGAGGGAAAUCGGACGGUUAAUAAUAUUUCGGAAGGAAAUAGAAAUGUUCAGAAACCGAAGAAUACAAGUGCCGCUACUAGAAGGGUGGCUAAAGUGCUUGUAGACGAGGAUGAAGAUGCUUUCAUGGAAGGUUCUGACCCAAGUGAUGAUUCAGAUGAUGAAUGGGAUAGUAAUAGUAAUAGGAAGAAGAAGAAAGUCAAGACUUCCAAGGGUAGGAUUUUGGGCAGUAGAGGUGUGAAGAAGUGGCAUGGAGAAAAGGCCAAGAAAGGAAGUCAGAGUGCUGUACCGGAGGUUAAGGCGAGUGAUAUUGAAAUUGGGAGUGGGAUACAGGGAGGUCUGGGGACGGCGGAGACGGGUAAGAAGGUGGUGGGAAGUAACACAAAGAGGCAGCCAGGAAAAAUUGCUAAAGAAUUGGGGAAGUUGGAUUUGAAUGUGGAGUUUAGUAAUGAGGUGGAAGAGGCAGCACCCCCAAUGAAUGGGGGCAAUGGGGCAGGGAACGGGGAGGAGGAUGGCAUUGCGGGGAUUGGGUUUUUUGAGGGGCUUGAUGAGUUCCUGAGUAGUCUGCCUAUACUUUCUGUUGUCGGGGACGAAAAGGUUAAAGCUGCAGAGUGAAGUAAGAACCCCUGUAGUUGUAGCUUUUAGCAUGUGUGUAGUGUUAUGUAGACCAACUGGGUAUCUUCAUUAAUGGUUUUAUGGUAGUCUUAUCUUAUGUAUAAUCUGCGGCAAUGUGCUGUCAAUUUAUUUUAAGCUGUUUUUGAGUAUUAAUUUUCUUAUUGAGGAAAGAUAGAAUCUUGUUUGAAUAUUAAAUUUGGUUUGGCAAUCGGUAUGUUGAUUGAA